GUGUGGCGGGCAGGAGGCGCUAGAGAGCAGCGCUCGUUCACACUCACCGCAGCCGAAGAAGACGCGAGCGGAGCGGCGCUGGACGGAGCGAUGGCGGCGUCCAAGGUGAAGCAGGACAUGCCUCCGCCCGGAGGAUACGGUCCCGUAGAUUACCGGAGGAACCUGCCGCGACGAGGACUGUCCGGCUACAGUAUGUUUGGGAUUGGCGUCGGGAUCCUGGUGUUUGGAUACUGGAGGCUUUUCCGCUGGAACCGUGAGCGCAGACGUCUGCAGAUCGAGGAGCUGGAGGCUCGGAUCGCGUUACUGCCGCUGCUGCAGGCCGAACAGGACCGACGAACGUUACGGAUGCUUCGUGAGAACCUGGAGGAGGAAGCUGUGAUCAUGAAGGACGUUCCCGGCUGGAAGGUCGGAGAGAAGGCGUUCCACACAGACCGCUGGGUUCCUCCGGUCACAGAGGAGCUCUUUAACCUUCGACCCCGUGAGGAGAUGCUCCAGAAGAAGUUUGGCUUCCAGUGGUACGUGUAGACGGCAGCUAUCCCAGCAUCCCGUUCUGCGCUGUUGCCUGGAGACGUGUGUGUGUUUCUCUGUUCACAUUGUAAAUGUUUCCAUAUUAAAUAUCUUUACUUUCCUCUCAAA